AUGUACGGCAAAUACAUCGACCCAUUCGCGACGCCCACCCCAUGCAACUGCGCUGCUGAGCACCAGGCCCAGGUCCAGUGCCCGCAUCACGGCUGCUGCUUCCUGACGACGAAAGUCGUGCCGUGCUCUCAUACCAAUUGUACACAGACCUACGACAUUCAUCGCUACGAGCGCCCACCACGGCAACAACAAAUCUGGGGCAUCAAUCCCAUCUUUUACACACAGCCCGGCGAUGACUGGGAGAGCAUAGAGUAUGUGGAUAUAGCCAUCUUUUCGACCAACAUGCCGCCGCAAGUGAUUGACUUGGCAGACGAGUUCAAGGAACUACUUGACGAUCUUAUCAUAAAAGGCCGCGAUAUCGCCUCCAAGCACGAGAAUCUCGCCCGAGUGCUCACCGAGACCGAUGACAAACGGAAGCUACAUGCAAAGCAGCACUGCAUCGCGUGCAGUGGCAAAAACUGGGUCUGCCCGGUUGCUCAAGAUAUCGAAGGGGAAGAACAGGUGGCGGCGAACUUGCGAUCCGAGGGCCUGACGCUGUCGUUCGAGUUCAAGAGGAUAUGGACCGACGUGAACAACAGGGUGGUGAGGCACAUGGUCAUGGAGCAGGUUAAUGAGAUCUUCAGGCUGAGAGGAAUAACAUGA